AUGCGGGGUGGCACGUGGCGCGAGGGUGGUCGGCGGUCGGGCGGUCUCCCCGGGCGAGUUGCCGUGGCUGGCGGCCUUGAAGAGGGACGGCAAAGUCAUAUGCGGCGCUACGGUCGUCUCCAGAGACCACCUCAUCACAGCUACCCAUUGCAUAUUCGAGGUCGAGGCGUCCGGCUCACAGUCUUGGUGGGGGAGUACGACGUGAACAACUCCGAUUCGGAGGGAAUCCAAGUAUCUCAUGUCACGCAGCAUCCGGACUUCAACCGGUUCACCUACGACAACGACAUAGCCGUGCUACGCCUCGCCGAAUCCAUACCCGAGAAUCUGUACAGGCCUGCCUGCUUGCCUGAAUUGGACGACGACAACAGACUUGAGGGAGUAGAGGCUAUCGUGUCUGGUUGGGGAAGUACAAUCGAAAAAGGACCACCAUCUAGCAUUCCUAUGAAGGCGCAGGUGAACAUAUGGGCGCAAGAGGAGUGCUCCGGCGCGGGGUAUGGGCGAAGGAAGGUGACGCCGCGGAUGCUGUGCGCCAACGCCCCUGAGAGGGACUCCUGUACAGGGGACUCGGGAGGACCUCUGCUGUUACCGCGGCCGCAUUACACCAUCGUGGGUAUUGUAUCGUGGGGACGAGGUUGUGCCAGACAGGGGUAUCCGGGUGUGUACGCGCGUGUCGCCAAAUUCUUACCCUGGCUCAAACUGGCUCUACGUCACGCCUGCACAUGCCAACCGCCACACUACCAC